UAAAAUAUUAAAAUCAUUACUUUCCAUAUUCAUAUAGGAACAUAAGAAAAAGUGAAGACCAAAAAUUGAAAAAAGAAAGUUUGAUAAGGUCUCAAAAUGCAGAGAGGUGCACAAUAUGAUUCUGGAGAUGAUGCAAGAUCAGAGGAAGCUAUACAAGUUGAUAUAGAAGAAGGGUCAGGAGAGACCACAAGUAUGCAGGAAAUCAGCCAUGUUGAUCAAGAAGAAGGGACAAGUUCACAUGAAGUAGAAGAUGAUUCAACAACUCAAGAAUUAAUACAAGCAGGCCACCAAGAAAUGUCUGUAUUACAAGUUGAAGACAAUACAGAGCAAAUAGCAGAACAUAGCAGUAAAAAGAGACCAAAUGAUGAAGAAUCAUCCAAUGAUGAAGAGGAUGUAACAUCUUCAAAAAAGUUAGCAGAUGUAGAUCCAUACCAACUAAUAAUGUUCUACAUGGAUAGAAAGCAUACAACAUACGUAAGGGCAUUUCUAUCUACAGAACCUACAGUUGAUUUCACAAGUCUAGGUGGACAGAGAUGCAUAUUAAAAGCAAUCAAGAAUGAUGAGCAAGAAUUAUUAGAACUAUUUUUCAAACAUACCCAAAAUGCAAUAAAUAUGACAUUUGAUAGGUCAGUUACAUCAUAUAAUACUGAUUUUACUACUUUAAUGUAUACUGCAAAGUAUAAUAGUGUUGAAUGUCUGAGAUUACUAAUUGAGAGUGGUAUUGAUGUGAAUGUGCAGAAUAAUAAUGGCGAUAACGCUUUAAUUGUUGCUGCUGCUGCUGCUGCUUCUGCAUCUAGGUAUAGUUAUGGUGUUGAAUGUCUGAAAUUACUUAUUGAGAGUGGUAUUG